UUUGUAUCUCCCACCAACCGAAGGCAUCUUAUUGUGGAGCGUGACCGGAGGAGGAGGGAGCUCAGGACCGGCGCCUUCUCCUUGCUUCUUGGGGUCGUGGCCUUGCACCCGCUGUGCGAGGAAAAAGUCCGGGCACGUCCACGCGCGUGUGUGCGCGUGGGGCCUGAGGUGCUCGUGGGUCCACGCUAGGUCUCUGCGGGGACAGAAGAAGCCAUGGGCGGGACCGCCAGCACCCGCCGGGUCACCUUCGAGGCGGAUGAGAAUGAGAACAUCACCGUGGUGAAGGGCAUCCGGCUUUCGGAAAAUGUGAUCGAUCGUAUGAAGGAAACCUCUCCAUCGAAGUCUCAGCGGUAUUCUGGUGCUUACGGUGCCUCAGUGUCUGAUGAAGAAUUGAAAAGAAGAGUAGCUGAGGAGCUGGCCCUGGAACAAGCCAAGAAAGAAUUUGAAAACCAGAGACGAUUAAAACAAGGGAAAGAAGUGGACCGAGACAGGGCUUUAGCCAAUGAGCAGCUGACCAGAGCUAUUCUCCGCGAGAGGAUAUCCAGUGAGGAAGAGCGCUCCAAGGCAAAGCUGCUGCUCUGGUCGAAUGAUUGGAAAGAGCUGGACAUUGAUGUCAAAGCUAAACAGCUGGAAGAGAAAAAUCGAGCGUUAAAGAAGCAGGAUACGUUCUACAAAGAGCAGCUGGCUAGACUGGAGGAGAGGAGCUCUGAGUUCUACAAAGUCACCACUGAACAGUACCAGAAAGCUGCUGAAGAGGUGGAAGCAAAGUUCAAGCGGUAUGAGGUUCACCCAGUCUGCGCUGACCUGCAGGCCAAAAUUCUCCAGUGUUACCGCGAGAACAGCCAGCAGACCCUCAGCUGCUCUGCUCUGGCUGACCAGUACAUGCGCUGUGUGAAUCAGGCCAAACAGGUGGGUGUGCAAGCCAAGCCCACUGGGGCACCGGAAGACAGCAAGCCCAACACCAAGGGACAGUGAGCAUGCUUGAGAAGGGAGGAUAAAAUCAACUUGUACAGCACGCAAAACUCCUUCAACGUUAAUUCCAGAGGUGGAACAUUUUUUUUUUCCUAGUAAAAAAGUAACCUAUUUGCAGAGAAGACCAGUGAAGAGAAGCCCCGGAGAGCAGAGGGAACAGGAAGAAACCUGUCACCAUGUGAUCAACGACGAUUUGGAAAGCUAAGGCCUCGGUCAGGGGUCGGUCACAAAGGACAUGCUGCAGUGUUAAUAAACCGCGGUAUGAUGACAAAAAGAGAAAGGUAGCCCUCUCUACCUUUUGUCCUUUCUGUUCAGCUUUCUUUUCUAACCAGGCUCCAUCGCUAGGUGAACCUCCACUACACCAAAGCUCGGGGUUUGAAUUGGGCGGUAAGGUCAUUGGAGUGGGUGGGGAGAGGAGAGGGCAAAACACCUCAACCUGGGGCCAGCAGCACUGGGCGGAAUUUUCUCGACUGUGGCAUGUUGGGUUUCUCUCUUUUUCUUUUCUCCCUUGACUAUGUAAGAGCGGUUUCAUUUUAACUUAUUAUGGUGAUCAUGUAGGAAGAUCAUGUAAAAAAGGAGAGAAAAUGUACCUCUUUUACUGGAAUAAUGUUUAUGAUUACAAGUGAAAUGAGGCCUUUUUUUAUCAACGUAAAGGCAACCUUCGCUUAUAUAAGCGCUUCUCUGUCGUGAUACUGACAUCUUUACUUCACUCACUAUCAAUAAUAAAUAUAUUUUCUGACGAAGACUGGCAUUGUA